GUCAAUAUAGUGCGCCAGAGACGCGAAUGCUCCAAAAUCGUUUCCUUGUUUGUGUUCUGAGCAGCCAAUGAAGAGGGUAUAAAGCUGGCCAAUAAAGACAAGCUAUGCUUCAUUAGUCCCACCUUUUAUUUGAUUGGUGUCAUUGCUGGCCAAUGAAAUGAACACAAGCUAGGACGGUACAUACUGGAGCAUCAUAGCGGAGGUGCAGCGCUGGAGGUUCGGUCAGUGGGAGGUGAAGAUGGCGGUGCUAGCUCCUCUGCUCGCUCUGAUUUACUCCGUACCUGGGAUCUGCCGUUGGUUAGCCCAGCCUUAUUACCCCCUCUCCGUCCUUCUCUCAGUUGCCUUCCUGCUAGUGCGGAAGGUGCCACCGUUAUGUCAAGGGUUGCCCAGCCAGCGCGAAGAUGGGAACCCCUGCGACUUCGAUUGGCGAGAAGUGGAGAUCCUUAUGUUUCUCAGUGCAAUUGUGAUGAUGAAGAACCGCAGAUCCAUUACUGUGGACCAACAUGUGGGAAAUAUCUUCAUGUUCAGCAAAGUAGCCAAUGUCAUCCUUUUCUUCCGACUUGACAUCCGGAUGGGACUGCUCUACCUCACCCUCUGCAUAGUGUUCCUGAUGACUUGUAAGCCACCUUUAUACCUGGGUCCUGAAUACAUCAAAUAUUUCAGUGAUAAAACCAUAGAUGAAGAACUAGCACGGGAUAAACGGAUUACCUGGAUUGUUGAAUUCUUUGCUAACUGGUCUAAUGAGUGCCAAUCAUUUGCUCCCAUCUAUGCUGACUUGUCUCUCAAGUAUAACUGCACUGGACUGUGUUUUGGAAAGGUGGAUGUGGGCCGCUACCCUGAUGUUGCCACCAGGUACAAAGUCAGCACCUCUCCUCUUACCAAGCAGUUGCCCACCUUAAUCCUUUUCCAGGGAGGGAAGGAGAUGAUGCGCCGUCCACAGAUAGAUAAAAAGGGACGAGCAGUCUCGUGGAACUUCUCUGAGGAGAAUGUGAUUCGGGAGUUCAACCUCAAUGAGCUGUUCCAGAGGGCGAAGAAAACACCUAAGCAGAGUGAAGAAAUCUCCGAGGAGCAACCUAUUGCAACUGAGCUCAACGGAGAGACUAAAAAAGAUAAAUAGAACCCACUGGACUGAACUGUGUGUUCCUUGCCAUUUAAUUUCCCUUUUUUUUUUCAUUUCCAUUUUAACCCCCCGUCAUGAGUCACCAGGCAUUUGCCUCUACCCAGCAGCACGAGAUGUAUUUAAAAAUAAUGAUUCUCCCUACUGGUCCUAUUUGUUGCUUCUCUGAUUUUUUGUUGUUGUUGUUUUGGUGCGUGUUGGGGGGUGGUUUCCUGAUUCUUUUUCCAGAACAAUCUGGAGCUCGCUUUGAGGAGCUGAUUAGAAUAGUUAAGAGGAGUUAUCUCCCAUUAUGGAUAUUAUAUAACGUUUUGUUUUUCAAGACGAGUUGAAAGAUUCUGCAAAUGAAUAGAGGCUGUGGAAAGAAGCAACACUUUUAGUUGCAGUGGAGCCCUAUCUCCUGUUCACCAGUGAUGCUAAGAUCUUCCAUUAAACAAACAUUGCCAGUUUUGACCAAUUCUGCAGUCAAAACUGACACUUAGGUCCUAUUGAUUUUAUUUUCUCCGGAGUGAUCUUUCCGGUUGGAGAUACUUAGAAAUUUAUCAUUGGUAGGUUUCAUUACCCAUUAACACUUUGUAACAGCAGAAAUCCUGAUGGUGUCUCUUUUCAUCAUUAGGGGUUUAAAUCCUUGAGUGCCAGAAAUUGAAUGCUAGCUGAGCCUGAGCAUGCUGCUGUGCCAGAGACUAGGCUGCUGCCUAGUCUUAAAGGACCUCCUGAAUCAGCGGCUGCCAGCAUAGAGUAACCUGUUCAUGUGUGGGCCAGGGAGUUUUGUACUGUGCUGGUAGCUGCCCCUAUUGCCUCUAAUGUGCAAAGUAUGGGGCAGUGACUUAUAGAGAUGUUAACGUUGUGUCAUUGUUAAUAUGAGGAGUUUAGUCAUAAGCUCCUUUUUUUAACCAUGCUCACAUUUUAGUUUUCAGAUUCUAUUAAUGGUUUUCUACAUAUGUCUCUAAUAAAUUGGGAAUGUUAUUUAUCA